UCGCCGCGAACUCGUCGCGUACACACAGUGACUGAACGGAGACUGAAAGCCUGGUAGAGAGAGCGACUCCAGCAUACACGCCCCGCGGAGGGAUGGUCCAUUCCUCCGGCACCGCAGCAGCGCUACUGGGAAUCACUGCUCUCGUCGGAGUGGUCGCGGGGAACCGAUGUUUUGUGUGCGUGCCGCGGACAGGUUCCUGGAGGGACGAGGCGAUGAAGCUGUUUCCGGGCCCACCGGGACUGCUUCUGUGCGAGCACUUUCACCCCAAGGACAUGCGAUACGAGAGGGACUGCCCGUCACAGUACACCGGUUGUCUCACCCAGACCAACGGUCCGCACGUACUGCGCAUGUGCAGUGAUUUGAGUGACAGAAUCAACGACUGCAAGAUGGCGAACGGGGUCCAGUAUUGCUUCUGCUCAGGGAGCGACCUCUGUAACGGCAACGUGUCGCAGUUUCCGACAAGACCCACCGUCAGGCCAGUACCACAGCCUCCUAGCGACGAAGACGAUGAAGACCGAGACCUGCCAGAAGGCAGCGGAGGAGGAUUCCCUCGGACGAAGGCCAAUCCUAGCCCCACCACGGCGCAUCCGCCACACGGCACAACGUCCACAAGUGUGUCGCCCACGCACGGCGGUGCCACAACGAUCAGGACACUGUGUCUCCUACCCUUCAUGGCUGCCCUCGUGGUGAUCACAACGCAAUAAACCCAGAGACACUCAUAUUUGCAGCGGAACAUGUCCAACUGGGACAUUCUAGCCUUGUACCUGACGUCUGACCCUUUCAGAACUGCAGUGGAAAACGGUUAAACCCGUUGAAGCCAUCGGUCUGGUACGUCAAUUUCUAGUAUGGAAGUUAUCCAAGAUCUGAGCAAUGCUCACUGGCCUGGGUGGUCAUGAAUGAAUUUGUUGAUUCACGUCCGAUAGUAACCUUCUUGAACCAAUGUAAGUAAAGGACCGCGAUUUUUUUUCUGGUUACGUGGGAGCUACAUAAUUUGUGAAUGUAAUUUUGGGGCCUCCAGCGCAAUGGGGUUUAAUUUUCAUGAAUUUAAAAUUGGGUGAGCUGCACAAGAUGAACGCAGCAGCAUGGAACUCACACGAUAAUAAAUUAAGUUCGUAAUCCACAGAAAACACAUUACGUCUCCAAUACAAAGCCCAACCAUUUAAUGCUGUUUAAGGAGACGGCCACUCUUUACUGUGAAAACCAUACGGGGCACACAGAUGCACUUUGUGGGCAGAAUGCAGAGCUUUUUUUUUUUUUUUAAUUUUAAAUCAAGUGGCACAUAUACCGUCAUUAACAUUGUCCUUUAAAAAGUUAACAAGUGACGCGAACAAAAGAGUUCCGGAAUUGUUCCAUUACAUCUGCAGGCCUGUGCCAUCGUCACACUCAAAAUCAUUGUUCUUCCACGGUCCUACGAAAUCGGGGUUUACUUCCAGUACAGUUGCCCGAGGGCCACAUUGCUACCAAUUAGUUUUUUAACACUCCCUCCGUCCCUAGUCUCAGCUACUGUCUGCAGACCCCACAUGUCCCAGGCAUGUUAACAGAUACCAUCAUUAUCGGCACACAGCAACUGAAACUUGCAAAAAUACUCCUUCUAGCUUCUCCAUAAUGCUACAAGCCGGAAGGUCGCGGAUUCAAGUCCCGAUGAGGUCACUGGAUUUUUUCAGUUGAUCUAAUCCUUCG